GUGACGUAGCCGCCCCGCAGCGCACGCAGGUUUUCAUUCAGCAGCGUUUUGAAUAGGGAAGAUGGCGGCCGCAGCAGUGGUGGAGUUUCAGAGAGCUCAGUCUCUCAUCAGCACGGACCGCGACGCCUCCAUCGACAUCCUCCACUCGAUAGUGAGGAGAGACGUUCAGGAGAACGAUGAGGAAGCUGUCAGGGUUAAAGAACAGAGCAUCCUGGAGCUUGGGACGCUCCUGGCCAAAACCGGACAAGCUGCAGAACUCGGGGGUCUGCUGAAAUUUGUGAGGCCUUUCCUGAUCUCCAUCAGCAAAGCCAAGGCGGCCCGGCUGGUCCGCUCUCUGCUGGACCUCUUCCUCGACAUGGAGGCAGCGACGGGGCAGGAGGUGGAGCUGUGUCUCGAAUGCAUCGAGUGGGCCAAGGCGGAGAAGAGAACCUUCCUACGACAGGCACUGGAGGCACGACUGAUCUCACUCUAUUUUGACACCAAGCGAUACCAGGAGGCCUUGGCGCUCGGCUCCCAGUUGCUCCAGGAGCUGAAAAAGAUGGAUGACAAAGCUCUUCUGGUGGAGGUCCAGCUGCUCGAAAGUAAGACAUACCACGCUCUCAGCAACCUGCCCAAGGCCCGCGCAGCCCUCACCUCAGCCAGGACCACCGCCAACGCCAUCUACUGUCCUCCAAAGCUCCAGGCAGCUCUGGACAUGCAGUCAGGGAUCAUCCACGCAGCCGAGGAGAAGGACUGGAAGACGGCCUACUCCUACUUCUUCGAGGCCUUCGAGGGCUACGACUCCAUCGACAGCCCCAGAGCCAUCACAGCACUCAAAUACAUGCUCCUGUGCAAAAUUGUUCUCAACCUACCAGAGGAGGUUCAGUCCCUGAUCAGCGGGAAACUGGCCCUGCGAUACGCCGGCCGACAGACAGACGCCCUGAAAUGUGUCGCCCAGGCCAGCAAGAACCGAUCAUUAGCAGACUUUGAAAAGGCCCUCACAGAGUACAGAGCAGAGCUGAGGGACGACCCCAUCAUCAACACUCACCUGGCCAAGUUGUACGACAACCUGCUGGAACAAAACCUCAUCCGAGUCAUCGAACCUUUUUCCAGAGUACAGAUAGAACACAUAUCAGGUCUUAUCAAACUGUCAAAGGGAGACGUCGAGAGGAAAUUAUCACAGAUGAUUCUGGACAAAAAGUUUCACGGAAUCCUCGACCAAGGUGAAGGCGUCCUGAUCAUAUUUGAAGAGCCCCCGGUGGACAAAACAUACGAAGCAGCCUUGGAAACAAUUCAGAACAUGAGCAAAGUCGUGGAUUCACUUUACAACAAAGCCAAGAAGCUGACAUAGAGCAGAUUGCCACGGCAGUGCGAUGGAGGAACUGUGUGUGUUUUGACCAGCGUGUGUAACAUUUUAAAGACGGGGACGAGGGAGAGCAACGAAAAGUCCCACAAACUGCAACAAACAGGAUUCCCCCAUCAAACUCCCCCCUCCGCCUCCUUCUCCUCCUCCUCCUCUUCCUCUCCCUCAACGGACAAUUUCAUCACUUCUCUCGUUUCUGUUUUGUUUUGUUUUUUUGUUUUUUUUUUCCCUCUUAAUUUUGAUAUCUCUUCAGGAUUCUGUAUAACACUCAGCGGCCAAAUCAGGCCAUCAGGGAAUAUUGUACAACCACAAUAAAAAGAUUAAAAGGUUUAAGAAUACAUAUAUGUUUAUAUCUGCUUAUAGGGUUGGGCUUACCAAGCCUUGAGCUGACUCCACUGCAACCUCAAAGGUGCAACAUUGACCUCUGCGGCCUCCGACUGCGCUGCCGACUGCGCGCGCAGACGCGAGGCUCUCUCCUCCUUCUCGUCCGUAUCUUUCAGAAGCACACUGUUCAGUUUUUGGAAGGUUGGGAUACUCCUUGGGAUUCUGAGUUUUGGUCAAAGAGCUCCCUCUGUUUUUAUUUUUUUUUUCCCCUCACCAUAUCAAUGCCAACAGUUACGUACCCGCUGUAUUUCAGAUAUGUAUUAAACUCACUUUAUUUGUUUUUGGUUUUGUGUUUUUGUUUAAAAAAAAAAAAGAAAUUCAGAAGGUUGCCACGUCUGCCCGCCCUGCUUCAUGCAGACAGGAUGCCAUUUCACCACUAGUGCCACUUUUUGGGCGCUUUCUGUUUGCCUCCAGUGUUUUGGGUGCGAUACGAAAUCGAAAAGGGCGGAGGUGGAGAUGUAUCCAUCGCCUCUGAGCGUCUGAGGUUUCCCUGAGUGAGCAAUCCUCCAUUGUUAGUUCCUAGCACUAGCCUGGUAUGCUAGUAACCAAACAAUUUGUAUGGUUUUGAUUUGGUUUUAAUUUUUUUGUUUUGUUUUUUCUCUUAUAAAGACAUUUUCAAAAUAAAUAUUUUGUAUUUUAAGGAUUUUGUCUUGUCUCUUGCAACAAAAAAAACCUGAAUUAACUUUGAUCGGCCGCUCAGCUCUGAUAUUUGUUUUUCAGUACGAGGAUGAGACGUGUCUUUGAAAUGCACUUAUGAUUGAGAACGUGACCCAGAAAAUGUGUUGAAGGCAUCUACGCAGUUAGAAACAAUUCAAAUGACUCCACAGAAAAACAUGUUGACACUAUAAAAUACUGAAUUCACCCUGCUGCUAUAUCUGUCACACCUCACAUCAAAGGGCAUUAAAUCAGUUCAACGGA